UAACUAAAGAUUCAUCUUCUAUAUUAAACGAAAGUGAACUUGGAUAUAUCAUAAUAUUCUGGGGCCUUAUUUUUGCUCACAAGCUGUGUGUUCCUAACCGGGCCGACGAACUAACUGGAAUUAUUAAGUCUCAUUGUGAACAAUCGUGUUUCAUCAGCAAAAUCUAGUGAGGCUUAACAGACUGUAACUGGGAUCAAUUCACACAAACAUAAGCGUGUAUUAACUGAAAGAAGCGUCCCGUCGUAUCGAGCAAUUCGUUUAAUCUAAGCAGUUGUGUGUGUUAUAACUUAAUUUGUAUUAAAACCAAUCAACGAAAAGAGCUAAGACUUAAAACAGUCCUUUGGAAUGAGGGGUAGGGGGUAGUUAAUGAUAUAAUUUCAUUAUCACAGUUGUGGUAAUAAUUUACUGAGUUAUUAGUGGCCGCUGAAAUCAUUGUCUUGCGCUGUUCUUUUAUUAUUGCUACUGAUUUAACACUAAUACUUCCAGAAGUGUUUACUGGUGACUAUAAUUUGUCGUAUAAUUAUAAUGAAAUCGUGAACAUAUCUACUUAAAUCUUAUUAUAUAAUUAACAAGAUUAAUGUGCAGAAUUUGUGUGUGGACAGACACAAAAAUAAUCGGAGAAAAUUUGACGAAUGAAAUUUAACUUCGUGUGCUUAAUUACACGGUUAAUUCUUGGUCACACAAAAUAUUUCAAAUUAUAACUUAACACCUGGGAGUACAGACAGGAAACUUAUUUUAACAAUCAUAAUAUUCAACUGCUACUUAAUUAAAUUCGAACACUAGACUCUGUUACUUACGAACUUAAAGAAUGUGUUAAUAAAAGACGAAAUACACAUAUUCUAACGGUGUUACCAAGUUACUUAAAAAUAGGUCCACAUAUUCGUGUUGGUGGAAACAGAACCUUUGAAGGUAGAUGCUGUUAUAGUCUGCUACUGGUAACGUGCCCUACAACUCAGUAAGCACAAAAAUGGAAGGGGGUCCAUUCGAUGACAAUUUGUUUUCUGACUUUUCGGGCUGUGGAACUGGCACGAGCACACUGUUAAGCGCUAAAGCACAUGCAGACUCACGCGGCAACGUCCAUUCCAUACAAGUGAUGUUAGGUCUGCAGCAUUCGGACCUGAUGUUGGGAGGCAAGAUGGACGGAACGUGUCACAUGGGGGCUCAGCACCACGACAUCGGGCCACUGUUCGCUCAGCCCACGGACCAACACCUAACCUCCACCACAUCGGCCAACAGCAAGCGCAAAUCCGAAGAUGGUGUCACUAGCAAUUUGCAGCAUCCAGUGAAUCUCGAACAAGGGACGAAGAAAAGUGAUUCGAAAAGCAAGAAAAAUGACAACAAUGGCGUGAAGAAGAAGAAGACACGAACUACUUUUACCGCGUAUCAGUUGGAAGAGUUGGAACGGGCUUUCGAACGCGCGCCCUACCCAGACGUCUUCGCCAGGGAGGAACUUGCUCUGAAACUAAACCUGAGUGAGUCACGAGUUCAAGUCUGGUUCCAAAACCGACGCGCCAAAUGGCGCAAAAGGGAACCACCAAGAAAAACCGGCUACAUGACAACAGGAUCACCAAGUUCAACACUAGGAUCAACGUUCAGUGCUUUGAACAACACACUAAGUCCAUUUGCAAGUCCAGCUCCUUCGACCACAUCAACCCCUGAUUCAUGGGCAUAUUCCUCAGCAUAUGAUAUCUCGCCCCACUUGAACUUACUUUCCCCCACGAAUUCCCCCUAUUCCACAUCCUUCUCAACAGCAAAUAACACUGCUGCAUACACAUCAGCAUAUGCCACCAUGCUUCCUCAACAUGACUCUACACCAUCCACAGCAACUCUGUUCCCUGGCGGCUCCAUGCGCUCACAUCAGGACUAUGUCAUUGCAUCAGGUAAUAACAGUCCACCAAGUUCAUUGCGAACUCACGGGGAUUAUCACGUUUCUACACCUGGAAGCAACAGUCCGCCCAUGAGGACACACCAAGAUUACGUGACAAGCAAUACAAACAGUCCACCCAGUGCUCUACGGACACAUCAAGAUUACACAGUGACAGGAACCGGUAAUAGUAGUCCACAGAAUUCUUUACAUUCUCACCAAGAUUACGUGACCAACACCCACAGCCCACCACCAUCGUUACGAGAAUACCAGAGCAUUGUCACAUCUCAGCAGUCACCCACCCAUCAACAACUGACUUCAGCUAUGGGAGCAAGAGGGGAUAAUCAGGCUAGUAAAACUAUGGACUACAUUGAUGUUGGAAACAUGAGCCCACAGAAGUACCAGGAUGAUAUGCUAGGUGGGCAUGAUAAACGAGAUGGGGGAUUUAAUGUAGGUACACCAAAUGGUAACAGUACAAGUAUUGGAGGAAGUAAAGAGAUUAAGGCAGAAAAUAAUCAGAAUUUUGUAACUCUUCCACCAUUUCUUGGCUGACUGAAAGCAAACAUUGGUGCUGGGCAAACUAUACAGGACAUUGUUUUCAUAUAAGCAACUUCCUACAAUAAAAGAGGCAAAUGGGUCAGAAACCUGUCUUUAAGCUAGAUAAAAUAUCAGUUAAUCUGAGAAAUUAAAUCUUCUUGCAUAAUCAUCCAUGCAAAAUGGAGUUGGUUUCUAACAUUUCAGAGACUGUCUCUUGACUCUAUUGACAGCUAUCACCCAUCAUAUCAACCCCUGAUGAUGAAGGCAGAGAUAGUCUCUGAAAAGCUUGUUAUAAAUUCUACUUUUGCAUGUCUGAUUGUCUAAGCAGACUUCACAGAAAAGUCGCCAUGAUAGUUUCAAAUCCCAUAUAAUCAAGCACAAACAGUCCAUGUGGACGUUUGGGGUGGCACAAUAUUGGAGGCAGCAAAUUUCAGAAUUAAUGUAAACUGUCCAUUUGUGAAACAAGAAGAGUAUCAAAAAUAUUUUGCUUUGGGGCACAGAAUAUCUUGCAGAAGUCCUGCAUAUAAGAAGAGAAAACUAAUCCAUAAUGACUUCUGGAACCUUCCACUAAAGGAUCAUGAUGGAAGAGUAAGUUCUGAGAGCUCUAAGCAUAACAGAAUGGAUUAUGGAAUACUUUUCUUCUUAUUAUUAUUAUUAUUAUUAUUAUUCUAGCACUGUUUCCAUUUUAUAGGGUCAAUGGAUGAGAAGUCUCUAACCACUUCAGUGUUCCUACAACCUUUCUUUUUUAUUUCUUGCCAGCCCUUUCAUCUCUUCAAAAUAUCUUCUAGUAUUUCACUAAAUCAUUUUGUUCUGAACUUCUGGUAUAUACAUAAAUCUGCUUCUUUUAUAAGCAUAUUUUCUUUGUUUUUCUCUUUUUGUGUCUUUUUUGCAAAUUUCCUCCUCAUCCCCAUGACUUUUCUUUUCCUAUUUGAUAUUCAAUAUCCUGACCCACUGCACAGUUGUCUGGUCAGAAGCUACCCCCAGAUCUGACUUGUUCACCUGUCUCAGUUAAUUGUAACCACAUGGCUUUCAAAUGGCUGUCAGAUUAUGUAGUGUUCUUCCAAUGCAGAACACAAUGGACUGAUCAUUGAUUAUAUGUAACCUCAAGUUUGGUGGGAAGGAAAAGCUUAUACGAAACUCAGACAUUUUCCGAUUAUAUUUCUUGCAGAAGCCAUCCCCAGCACUAAUGUGAAAAUUGAGGAAAAUCUUCUGUGUUUGGUACACGUAUUUUAUAUUGUUAGGAAUUUAGUAAGCUGUACAUUAAUAUAUUCAUUAUAGCACAAUUAAUUAGAUAUGUCAAAUACAACAGAAGUUAUUUGAGGCAGUAUGGUAAUUAUCUUAAUUCCUGUUUUUCUGUGGUGCAGAUGAAGAGAAGUGAAUGAACUAACACCAUACCACUCAAGACAUACACUUUUCCACUCCUCAAAGAAAAGAAAAUGGAAACCACGUACAUUCAUGUCACGAAAAGUAAGAACACAAAUUUCCCCCUUCCAUCUAAAAGUGACCACCCUCUCCCACCAGUUAUCACUUACAUUCUCUCUCUCUCUCUGAUGUUGAGAGAGGGGAGGUGUUUAAUGUAGGUAGCACGAGGAGCAGGGGGUCAACUUAAACUCCCAACCUUUGCGUUUAUUUUUACUGACUCGCAUUGUGACAAGUAUGUAUUUAGUUUCAAUUUAAAUAUAUAGGAAGUGUCAUGAGGAAAGGUGAAUAUUAAGGGUCACUCUAAGCAAAGAAGAGUUUCCUAUUACAAACGGUUUCCAAGACAGAGCUAUUUCACUGUACACUGUACAGACGAGCAACACGCCAUGUCCUCACACAAGUUGCAAAGUGCAUUGAUGUUGGUGGUGGAAUGUUCGAAAAUGUGUUUCACUAGAUAAACUGUACCAAUUUUGUCACCUGAACAAUAAAUACUGGUAUUAGAAACAGUACGUAAUAUCUCUUUCUUGUCAGCAAUUCUGGAACUGCACAGUGAA